AUGCGAAUCGGAAAGUAUCGCCGAAAGUGGCAGGUGCAGCCGACGUUCCACCUUCGCGGGGUUUGGCCUGCACUCGGCUCCACCGUCAACACUUCAGUCAGAUGCUGCCAUCAAAACGAGGCAAGCGAUUCGAUGCGGGCGAUAAGACUCGCCCGAGUAGCUCAAAGCUGCUACAGCUUACCUCCAUCAACUUCAGUACUUCGAAGCUGUCUUGUACACAUUCCACGACAAACAAGUUUCCAAAGGAGUAUACAACCAUUGCAGCACCGGAAAUUUGGCAACAUGGCAGCUCAAGCUCAAAGUAUCGAGCUCUCAGCUCCCAAUGGUCGCACAUACAGUCAGCCCACUGGUCUCUUCAUCAACAACGAAUUCGUGCAAGCUAAGAGUGGCAAGACUAUCACCACGAUAGAUCCUGCAACCGAGCAAGAGAUUGCCACUGUUCAAGCUGCUGGGGAGCAAGAUGUCGAAGACGCAGUUCAAGCAGCGUACAAGGCUCUCAAGGACCCUUCCUGGAAGCUACUACCGCCAACUGAUCGAGGUCAAUUGAUGCUUAAGCUUGCGGAUCUGGUUGAACAGAAUAAGGAGCUUUUGGCCACCAUUGAGGCUUGGGAUAAUGGUAAGACAUACAAUGAUGCUGUCAGCGGCGAUGUUGCUGAAGUCGCCCUGACCCUUCGCUACUACGCUGGAUGGGCGGACAAGACGUUCGGCCAGACGAUCAGCACAACACCUCAAAAGCUUGCCUACACCCUUCGACAACCAAUCGGAGUCGUUGGUAUGGUCGUUCCUUGGAACUACCCUCUUGCGACUGCAGGCUGGAAGCUAGGUCCUGCGCUCGCCUGCGGCAAUACGGUUGUGCUGAAAUCCUCCGAAUUCACACCACUUAGUGUUCUCGUCCUUGGGCAGCUCAUUCGCGAAGCUGGCUUCCCACCUGGCGUCGUUAAUUUGAUCAGCGGCUAUGGAGCUGACGCCGGAGCAACACUUGUGUCACAUCCUCUCGUUGACAAAGUCUCUUUUACUGGAAGCACGAACACGGGACGACAGAUUAUGAAGAUGGCAUCUGCUACGCUCAAGAAUAUCACUCUCGAGACUGGCGGCAAAUCACCUCUGUUGGUGUUCUCAGACGCCGAUCUCGAACAAGCUGUCAAGUGGUCACAUCUCGGUAUCAUGUCGAACCAAGGACAAAUUUGCACAUCGACAUCACGGAUCCUAGUCGAGGAGAGCAUUUACGAUGAAUUUGUGAAGAAAUUCGUCGCGGAGGUGAAACAAGUUAGCAAAGUUGGCGAUCAGUGGGAUGAGUCCACGUAUCAAGGUCCGCAGGUUUCCAAGCAGCAAUAUGAGAAGAUUCUCAGCUAUAUCAAGCUUGGCAAAGAGGAGGGCGCAAGUGUUGUAACUGGUGGAGAAUCGCUGCAACAAGAGAAGGGUAAGGGAUUCUAUAUUGCGCCGACAGUUUUCACCAAUGUGAAGGAUGAUAUGAAGAUCUAUCGCGAAGAAAUCUUUGGUCCUGUUGUUGCGAUCGCAAGUUUCAAAGACGAGGCAGACGCGCUUCGCAAAGCGAAUGACACGACUUACGGACUUGGUGCAGCAGUCUUCACACAAAAUAUCGAGCGUGCGCAUAGGGUGGCUGCAGAAAUCGAAGCUGGAAUGGUUUGGAUCAACAGUAGCCAGGACUCCGACCCUCGUAUCCCAUUCGGAGGAGUCAAGCAGUCGGGUAUCGGACGAGAGCUCGGAGAGGCAGGAUUAGAGGCAUACAGCCAGAUCAAGGCUGUGCAUAUCAACAUGGGUAACAAGUUGUAGCGUCCUUGAAUGAAGAAGGUCUAAGUCUACAUUUUAUAUUCUACAUAUCUGCUAUCGGC